CAUGGAAACCCGCCGCCCGCUCGCGCGCUGGAGCCGGAGCCUUAGCUGCCGCCCGCCGCCCGCCUGGGGCUCUCUCUGCCAGCCGUGCGGCCAGGCCCGCGGGGUGGUCGGGGGAGCCGGGCGGCAGACAGGGAGGGAGAGGGUACGGCCUCCCAGCCGGGACCGGUAAGCCGAAGGCCCUGAGCCGCUGCCGCCAGGACCGCGAGCGACAAGGACGAGCGCGGAGCAACGUCUGCCGGCCCCUGAAACGCGCGCCCGGCCCAACGCCCAGACACUGACCGUUCGGGCCGCCCCCGCCCCAGCACGGCCCCACCUCAGCCCGACCAGCGCCCUGGACGCCUCCGCACCUCGGGUCGGCUCCGGCUCCGUCCCGAUCGCUCUUCGCCAGCGCCGCAGCCUCCGCCUCUGCCACAGCCUCCGCCUCCGCCCCGAGUCCCGCUCCGCCCGCGACCCCGGCCGGGACCCUGACCCCGGCCCUAUCCCCGGCCCUGCCCGCGACCCCGCCAACCUCCGCCCAGGCGCCGGCCCCAGCGGCCCAGCCGAGGGCACGAUGCUGCCCAGCUCCAUUCAGAUUUCGGGGGAGCCGCUGUCCGGAGCCGAGGUGCGGGACAUCUGCCGCGGCCUGCGCGACAACGCCGUGCGCCUGCUCUCACUGCGCGGCUGCCGCCUCUGCGACCGCGACUUCGGCCGCAUCUGCCGGGCCCUGGCCGGGGCCACGUCCUUGGCGCAGCUCAACCUUAACCUGGGCGUCGUGUCUAGCCCCAGUCGCAUCAAGCAACUGGCCGAGGCUCUGCGGACCAACCGCUCCAUCCAGUCCCUCUUCCUGCAUGGGAGCCCCCUGACAGAUGCGGGGCUGGCCUUGCUGAACCCAGCCCUGGCCCUCCACCCUGCCCUCGUGGCUCUGGACCUGGGGGACUGCAUGCUGGGUGAUGAAGCCAUCAACCUCAUCUGUGGCCUCCUGCCCCCAGAUGGGGCCAAAUCUGGCUUGAAGGAGCUAACGCUGAGUGCCAAUCCUGGCAUCACCCCUAAGGGCUGGAGCCGCCUCGCCAUUGCCGUGGCCCACAGCUCCCAGGUCCGCGUCCUCAAUCUGGAUUACAACCCCCUGGGUGACCAUGUGGCAGGAAUGCUGGCUGUAGCUGUGGCCUCCAGCCGUACCCUAGAGGUCCUAGACUUGGAGGGCACGGGGCUCACCAACCAGUCAGCCCAGACCCUGCUGGACAUGGUAGAAAAUUACCCCACAGCUUUACGGAGCCUGGUGUUGGCUGAGAACAGCAUUAGCCCAGAGCUGCAACAACAGAUCUGUGACCUCCUCUCUGAGGGAGAGGAGGAGGAGGAAGUGGCAGGAGGGGCUGGCGACACCCAGGAAUGGGAGAGAGGGCGGGAGCCUGCUGCCCACCAGAGGGGCAGCAGCUCCUGGAUGUGCCCCAGCGAUCCCAGCUCUAAGAUGGUGCUAAUGACGUCAGGACUAGGGGACAGUCUGUUGGCUGAGACCGAGAUGUGACUCUCCACUGGGCUUCGGCACGCCAUUUCGCUUGUCUAUGUCCUGAGCACCUUGCCCUAGAUAUCGGGCCCUGGGGCUUGGGAGGAAACUGGGGUCAGGGGCUUUAUGGGGCUCUGGCAGUUCCUGGCAGUGUGGUGGGAAGGAAGCUCUGGAAGCUGUGACUGAGCAACAACCUUGGGGGGGGGCACUUAAACCCAGGGCAAUACCUUUGAAUUUGGCAGCUCUGACUGCAACCCGCUGGCUCGGAAAAGAUUUUAUGAACUCCACAA